CUCCGUCCUGGAACUAAGCAUACCAACAUUGUGUACUGUUUUAACGAGACAGUCGAUUUGUUUUGGUGAAUGAUUUUUGUGAUAAAUUCCUAGUUUUCAACCAUAUUUCUUAACCGCUCGCGUGUUUUAUUGAGUGUGGAGUGCCCUUGUUCUGGACCGAUGUGGAACAUCUGGAUCAGAAAUGGAGCAGUUGUCAUUUUGGGAAGAAUCAACCAUACCUAAUCAACAUAAAUAUGAUAACAUCAAUGGGUCUAACACGUCCCGGUCCGGUACCCCCCACUUCAAGGAGGAACAACAGUCCGUCUACCGUUACUGCGACUCAGUGACUGGGAAUCUCAACUUUUCCACUGUCGCCACCAGCGAGGACGAUGACUACAAUUAUAACAAGAAAAAAAUGUCGAGGGACCCAAUGUCUCACAGGAUCAUCGAGAAGCGAAGGCGCGACCGCAUGAACAACUGUCUCGCCGACCUGAGUCGCCUCAUCCCUACAGAUUACAUGAAGAAGGGCCGUGGCCGUAUCGAGAAGACCGAGAUCAUCGAGAUGGCUAUCAAGCACAUGAAACAUCUGCAGGACCAUCAUGCUAAUUGUCACCUAGGGAGUUAUGAACCGGACCAUCAUCAAAGUAUCGAGUCAGAAGAGUCAUAUUCGCCACCGGAAAGUAACACGUCAAAGAUUUCCUCCGUAGUCCUUCCGACCCAUGAGAACAUAACAUUACUGGAAGUGAAUGGAAAUUCCCCCCAGAUCAUAGAGGAGAACUACAAGAUUGGCUACAAUGAGUGCCUCUCAGAAGCCAUGCACUUCCUGGUCGAGUUGGAGGGUCAUGUCAGUACCUCGCCCUUGUGCGUGAAGUUCAUCAGUCAUCUACAGAGACAUUACGACAAAUUCAUUAAAGGAGGAAGAUUGAACGGACCCCGAGUCCACAACGGAACCACCAGCUCAUCGUCUGUGGGCAGUAAAGAACGCAGUUCAGGCUCAGGCUCAGGCUCGGGUUCCGGCUCGAGUAGUGAUGGUGGGGAACGGCCGCCACUGAACAUGGUCGACGACAACUACUACACCAGUGCUAGCCAGCUGCGAGACAUUCUCACCAGUAACAACCACUCGCAAAACAGAUUAAAGAUGGUGCCUGAGCCGCCGUCGCCACCCAACUCUGUGAAUGGUGCAUCAUCACACACCGAGAGCCACAUGUCAGGGUCGUUGUACAAGUUUAAAAACAACAUCAAGCAGAGAUUCAGUGCUGAACACUCGGUGAAUAUCGAACAGUCCCAUCCUCUAGCACUGAAGCGGCGGAGAUCAGAUGACCGAGAGACAUUGUCCAUCCCUUCCCCACCACCUGUAAAGUACCAUCAACCUCUCAGCCCCUCCUCCCCCUCUCCGCCAACCGUUUUCCCCGGGGUACCGAUAUUCGCAUUGCAUUCCAAGUGCGGCUUUUACAUACCUCUGACUGUCGAUCACCACGUACUCGCGCCAUUCCUGCCGGAUCUCGGCACUCUAGACACCAACCUCUCCUCCGUAGUCCUGCACCCUGUCACGAUAUCUGUCAACUUCCACCAGAGCAUCUCCAGGCCGCUCAAGCAGACUCCGUUCUACCCCCAGUCCCCUCCCGGUUGGAGCCCCUCACAGAACAACUACCUGGUCUUGCCCAAGUGGCCCACGUGUGCUCCGGAAAGAAACUGAUGGUCUCAUCCCAGUAACCACAACAAAACAAUCGGUGUGAGAAUAAGGCUUCUCUUCCACCUUCUGGCAGAUUAUGGAGGAUGAUACCUUGGUCAUGUUCCACGUUUCCUCGAACUCGGCCAUACAGACCUCCAGGAACUCCGGGGUCAGCUGACCAGCUGUGUCUUUUCUCUGCUAAUCUCGCACACCAGAAUGUGUAUCCUGCAGUAGCAGAUGUUGGUGCCUCACUAACCGACUUCUGACCCAAAAGUUGGGUCAGAAAUAUCCGUGACACAUUAGGAUGUGGAUCAGAUGAAAGUCUGCCUGCUCUUGUUUUCUUCCCAGCCAUAUUUGGUUAUAUUUAAAUUUUACCAAGUAAAUUACAUCACAUAAUGUACCUGUAGAGUUAUUGAGAUAUAAAUGUGUCAUUAAAUAUUUCAUUGUAAGGCAGCUACAGGUUGAUUUGUAUUUGUAUUUCUACAACUUGUAAAAAUAAAUUGAAUAACAAAUCAUUUUCCAUGUUAGUAAUAAUGUUGUAUUUUAUAGAGCUUACAUAAUACAAAUUAAUUUGCAUAAUAUUUUAAGUACAUAAAGGCCAUGAUAUUGUCACUGUAACCCUUGAGUUGUGCUACUCAUAUUGAACUGUUUCUAUGACUCAUAGAACUCUCCAGCUGUAAUCUUGAUAGCAAAAUUGUCAUUCCUGCAUCUAGUUUUAGUUCAACCAAAACCUUUCUAUCUACUGAACGGAAUUGAAUACUUCUUUAUUUAUUAUAUUUUUCAAUAUCAAAUACAUCUUAAACUAAAUUAAACAUCAAUACAGAACAUAGUAAUAGAAAAUUAUAUAUUUGUCAUUCAUAUAGUCUUGAACAUCUUUACGUUACAAACAAAAUAGAAACAUAUGCAACAGAAGAGUUACUGUAUCAUUAGUUAUAUAAGCUAAUUCAUUACUUAAACAUGCAUUGUCAUUUUACACGAUUAAAAAUCUAUGCAAUAUAAAUUAAUGUAUGUUUACGGCUUUUCUCACGAUAAUUUGUAAUUGCACAUUAGCGAUUGAACCAAAUGUAUUACUUUAACAACCUUCAAAUUACUUGACUUAACAUUUUAAGUCCACCUUUGUAUCUUUUGAAAGAUCUAAUCUCAAUGGUGCUGUGAUGUUUGUAAAUAACUGCGACUCCCUGUGCCUCUAAUUAAAAGAAACACUGUUGAAUUUUUAAAUAAUUAUAUUAUUGUGUUUAUUGUUGUUGUUUAUCGACUGAUAAAAUAUUGUAUAGUUAUGAUGUUUGUAUAUAUUGGACAUUCAUGUGUAGGAUAUUAAGUUAUGAAAUAAAUAUGUUAUUAUUUGCAA